AUGUGUAAUGACGACGGGAAAUGUCCUGAAAUUGAUUGUAAAAUUAAAUUUGGUUAUCAUACGAUUAAAUAUGUAUUACAGCAUAAUCACAAUAAAGAGGUAUUUGAUCGAUAUGAUCGUUUUUAUACACAACAAAAGCUAGAAGAAAUGUAUGAGUUUAUUUGGUGUGCACAUCGAUGUGGCUCCGGUCAAUUAAACGAAGGCCAAGAGAUUUUGAAUAUCAUGACAUGUGUGAAGUGUCAUCGAAAAACAUGUUUCGAACAUAAAGUUGAAUGGCACGAAGGGUUGACAUGUGCUCAAUACGAUGAACAGACAAACGUGAGCGUAAGAUUAACAAAACAAUGGAUAACACAAAACACAAAAAGUUGUCCCGGUUGUUCAGCACAAAUAGAGAAGGAUGCUGGAUGUGAUCAUAUGACAUGUAUCAAAUGUAAACAUGAAUUUUGUUGGGCUUGCUUAGCUAAUUACAAUCGUAUUCGAAGAGAUGGUAAUCAUCGACAUGAUCAAAAUUGUAAACAUUAUUCUGCUUAUAACUCAUAA